AUGAUCGAACUCAAGUAUCUGGCAACAAGGAGUGGGAAGUCCCUCAUAUUGACGAUAGACAACAGGAGAUAUCUGUUUAAUCUUUUUGAGGGUUUCCAAAGAUACUGCAUCGAAUCCAGUAUCAGCAUUAGCAAGAUCUCGGCAAUCUUUGUCUCGUCCGAGGAGUCAGUCCCUCCCCUUGUAGGAACGUAUCUAACCCUGCGGGACGUAAAGAAGGAAAGUCUGGACAUCAUAUGCAGCCCAGGGCUCCAAGAGAUCAUGGCUUCUGCAAGUAGGUUUGCGGAUCCAAUGGGCCUGAGAAUUAACUACAUGGAAAGCUAUGCAGACGGGCUUGUCAGAGUGGAGACAAUUGAAAAUGUGCUUCCAGAAGCCGUAGGAAAAAAAGAGUCCUGCUUCAUCCUAAGUAUCAGGCCAAUUAGAGGAAGGCUCCUGGUCGACAAGAUUCCAAAGGACAUUCCAAAGCAUCUAUACUCCAGGCUCACAAGAAGAGAAAGCGUAGAGUGCAACGGAAAAACAUAUGGUGGAGGCGAGUAUAUGGAAGACGAUAUAGACAUCGGAACCAUUGCCAUCGUCUACUCCUCUGGAAACUACCAAGGUCUCCUGGAGAGAAUAAGGAGAAGAGCUCCCAGAUAUUUCUUCUGCUUUCAAAGAGAUGCAGCACAGUUCCUCUCCUCAUCUCUCGACGGACAUUUUUUUCUUUUGGAGGACAACCACUUUGUAGAGUAUGAGUCUCUCUAUGGCAUUCAGAUAGGCCUGAACUCAGUACACAAAGACUUCCUGCUCCCGCUUCCUGCUGAGCAGCACAUGCACUCACCACUAGAAUCCGCACAGAGUGUCCAGAGCUGCGACUCCCUUGUAUACAGAAAGAGUUCAAGAUGUUUUUCCCACAUUCCUGCAGGCCACAGAGAGCACAUCCCAUGUAGCAGAGGGCACAAGAACAAGGCCAUAUUGUUCCUUGGGACCGGAUGCGCCAUUCCGUCCAAGUACAGAAACGUAUCUAGCAUACUAUAUGAGUCGGACAGUGCUGCCAUUAUGCUUGACUGUGGAGAGGAUGCCCUGUUUCAGAUACACAGGGCCUAUGGAGAACUCGAUGUUCUGAAGAAGCUCAGGGCAAUCUUCAUAUCCCACUCCCAUGCAGACCAUGUCCUGGGCAUUGCUUCUGUACUAAAGAGGCUAGACCACAGGAUAAAGAUCUUUGCCCCGGUGGCUAUAAGACCAUUCGUUGAGCACUUCGGUGCCAAGAGCCAUGAGUACAUAGAAACAAAUCAUGCAAAGGGAUUGGAGAGGGUUUUCAGGGACAAAAUAGGCACCCCGACCCAGGACUUCCCUUCGCACACCAUCAAUGUUGAAGAUUAUUUGCUGAGGUCUGAUGCAGGCUUUGAGAUUGCCAUCUGCGGGGUGGACCACUGCUCUGACUCGUGCGGAAUAAGGGUUCGGGAUGGAACCACGGUCCUGGCAUACUCCGGGGACUCAAGGCCCUCAACCUUGUUCGGAAUGAUGUCCUCCAACUCCGACGUCAUGAUACAUGAGGCCACGUUUGCCUCAGACCAGCAGGAAAGAGCUGCACACACAGGCCACUCAACAAUAGAUGAGGCUGCUAAGAUCUUCGAAAUGUCCCAGUCGAGGACCCUGCUUCUUACACACUUCAGCCAAAGAUAUUCAAAAGGCAUCUCAUCGGAUGGCCAAUGGAUUCCCUGCGUGGACCUAUUUAGAUACGUCGUUGGAUCGGCGCCGUACCCCACAGACGAGAUUAACAGCUACUACAGUAGGCUCGAGUCUGCUGAGAAUAAAUGA